AUGCAGCUCCUCUCCAUCCUCCCCAUCGCAGCCUUGGCUGGUACUUCCCUCGCAGUACACUGGAACGUGACCCUCUACACCGACACCGAGUGCACCGAAUACAAGUGGUCAUACGCCGGAAACCAGAGUUACGGGUGUUACUCGCUCGAGACAUACAACCCAACCAUUCAGUCUAUCAGGGCUGAGAUCCCCGACGACUGGGUUUUCGAUGGAGCAAGUGGCGGCGCUUGCAAUAACUUUCACACUUUCGGGGGCUCAGGAUGCUGGACUCAGGGUCAGGGAUUCAAGUCUUUCCAGUUACCCAACGUUGAUGGAAUAUAA